AUGGAUUCCGAUAUGUCGUCCAUCGCCGACCAAAUCGCCGCCCUCAAGGGCGAAGCCGUGCCCCCAUCUCUUCACAACUUCGUCACCGUUCGCUGCCUCAUCCGGGGCAUUCGGUACCACGAUGGGUUCGCCAAAGAGCUUCACAACAACCCCGAGCAGCCAAUGAUUACCCGCGCUCUCAACACCCGUGCAAUAAUGAGCAAUAGGGUACCCUUGAUGUCCCAGGAACAAUUCCCAUAUUGUUUCUGGCACCCUGAUGUGCCUAGCGAGGAGACCCUGAAGCAGCUCUUAGCGGCGUACCCGGAUAAUGCUUUAUUACGCUACCAAGUGGGUCGCGCUUGUGCAGCUGGAGGCUACUUUAAUCUUUAUGCCGAGCUUUGCCUCCUUCCGGACGUUGCCAUUGCCGAAGAGGCUCGUGAUAACCAGGCAGGCCACGUUAUCUACGAGACAAUAAUGAAAGCGCCUGUUCGAUACGCCUACAUGGAUGACUACAAUCGCUGUUUACGAUCAGAGCCACUUGCGGGCGCGUAUCUAAAUGGGUACACUUGCGUCCGUUCAAUACUGGACCAGAAACUGCCUAUUGGCCCAACUCCAUACUCCCCAGUAAUCCACAAUCGUGUGUUUGAUAUCACUGAAGAUUGGUCCCUUGACAUAGGUGGAGUUGAACCACAUGCUCGAGCUAUAGACCCGCAGACAGUGGCCCUCCUCCAUAGCCCGCUCCCAGCGGACCUGCCCACAGUUGACAAGGACCUGCUAAUCCUUAUGGCUGCCUGGUCAGGCAAUAUUGAUCGAUAUGUCCGACUUCGACGGCCAAGCAAAAUUGAGGGCGAGCUACCAUGCAUCGUCCGGGGCAUCCACCACUACCCUCUUUUUGCCAAGUGGUGGUUCACACAGUCAAACACAGACCCACGGAUCCGACAAGCCGUUCACGCCCGCUGUAUCAUGAACAAUGAUCUCUCGUGGCUUAAUGAGUUACUACCAGACUCGGGCCUCCCUGAUGAUUCUAUUUGGUAUCCACAGCCUGCGGAUGAAGCAACAUACCGCGAACUUCUACGACAGCGUCCCGUAAUGCUCUAUACUAUUGCACGCGCCUGUAUUUGUGCCGAUUACGAGAACCUCUUUACGAGUCUUGAUAUUGUUCCAAAUAUGCACCUAUACAGGGAUGCUAUGACGAGCAGGAAUAAGCGUUAUCUCAAGUAUCUGGAGCUCAAGGCUCUCGAGCACGGCAUCCAGUUGGAUCUUCUGCCCCUGCCGGACGAGGAAGAUUGCGCCGGGCCCCAGCCAUAUGCCAUGCUCAAACAGGAGAUCCACUCGCAUAACAGCGGAACACAGUGCAUGAUUUUGCAGCGCGAAAUUACCCUGGACCAUAUAGGCUUUCGGCCGGAAGAGCUGGCGACCACAGCAUCAAUAGUUGGGCAGGUCUUACUUCAUGCAUGCAUAGCUGAUCCAGGGAUACGACCCCAGCCGCCAUAUGACUCGCUCAAUCUCAAAGAGCUGUACGAAGCUCCACCGGAAGAUCGGGAACUGGUUGGACUAUGGCCGCCACGCGGGGGUUAUUCGAGUCGUGGCCGUGGCCGGGGGCGAGGGCAUCGGCGAAAAGAUGGGUUGUAACUAAGAUGUAGCGAACUUAGCUAGACGUGGGGGAUUAAUAGCGACUAAUGGAAGGGCCACCAAGGC